UUUUAUAGCUGUCCACUCUUUUUUAAGACAGUAGUUUCAGCAUCAAUGGGGAAAGAGAGGGCAGCCUAAUGGGUGAUCAUGCAUUUGAUCCUCUCUCCAAUAUUAACAUGUUAAAAAAAAAACAAUGAGAAAGGUAAUCUGUCAGUGCAGGUCAUGAUAUCACAAAUAUGAUAAUGAUACACAGCUUGGUAUAUGCACUCUAAUCUGAGUCAUAAAAAAAUGUUUCUUUAAAAUAAAAUUAUCUCAAGUCAAUGUUAAGUUUUAGGGACCACACAGAUAAGACUUUUCUCAAGGAUGAUGUGUCCGCAUGCUGGCUUUUUAUGUCUUGAAAUGGUCCGUUCAUUUGUUAUAAUGCAGUUCAUCUUGCUGCUGAUCGUCCUCUUUUUUUUCUUCAACUUUUCCCAUCAUUAUGUACUUCUCAAGAGAUCUGGAGCUUCCCAAAAUCUGAUUGUUUUGAGUCUGACCAAUUGUUCCUCAAAUAAUAAGUUUGGAUUCAUUUGUUUUAGCAAACUAUUUGUUUUCCUGUCUAUGGCAUUCUCAGGAAUGUUCUCCAACAUCAAUGUUCAAAAGCAUCAGUCCUUUUUGUCUGGCUCUUCAAAGUCCAACUUUUGCAUUCACAGAGCAUUACAAGUAAUACUAUUGUCUACACUAUUCUAAUCAUUUUAGAUACAGCUACAUCACAGCAUUUGAAUAUUUUUUUCAAGACUUUCAUUACUGGGCUCAAACAACUAGUAAAGCAAACGGUUUUUCCAACUAUAUUACUCUGCUUUAAUAUAUAUCAUAAUUUGCUCAUAUCAUGUUGUAAUUUAAAGCUAAUAGACUGGCAUAUACAAUGUGCUGAGAUAAUGGCUGAGUUUCCACAAUACAUGGAACUAAACAAUCUAAUCCCAUUUCAGUCUGGUAGUCUAGCAUAUUCAACAACCUUUAGUGCAGGAGGCUGCCAGAAGGAUUUCUCCCCAGUCUUUCUCUCCUUCCCCCCACCACUAAUGAACAAAACAUGGAAGCAAGAAUGAAAGAAUAACGUGGAUUUCAACAUCUGGAUCUCUAAACGAGUCUAAAUUCCAUCAAUUCAAUGACUAAACGGGCAAUGAAAAAUUCCAAGACUAAAAUCCAUGUUCUCACGCAGAAGCAGCAAUUGUUUUUCAAUAAAUCACGCUCCCACAUUUUAAAGAUCAUGCCCCUACUACAGCUCAACACAUAUUGUAGCAUUACUUUUCUGCAAAAAAUAUUAAAUAUUAAAGGCGUUUUCAAAUUAUGGAAGUACAGAAAUGUGAGCACUUGUAAGUGCAAGCCAAAAAACGAUGCCCAUUUGAACCACCUCUGCAGUGCACUGAUCCAUCGUUUGAAGACUUCUACGCAUCCCGCGAUUUGCAGCAUUCCCACUUUAGAAUUCCCCUUUUGUGUCCCAAUAACAUACACAAAAGUUUUAUACCACGCCGGCCACUUGUAAUGAACUGGCGGCCCCCGGGCCGGAUGCGUCACGCGCAGACCACGCCCACCCCGGCUCCGCAAAGGCAAAAAAACCAUCGCGAUACGUAAUGUGACGCGAUCGAGUUUGACAUCGGUGUUCGGUCUUUUGCUUUCAGACAUGCUAGACUGAGUAUAGUACUAUGCCAAAGUCGCCUCUCUAUGAUCUUUUCGUCAGGUGCGCAGACAGAAAAAAAAAGGGGGGAACUGCAAAAAAGGUUGACAAGCCAUUCAGCCUAUUUCCUAGAGAGAACGAAUUUGGCAUGCGUCGGGCUCAAGAAAAACAACGUUUCCUUCGUGCGGCCUCCCGGCUCCACAGGAUCUUAAAGCCGCCCCUCUUCCCCCGGUUCUUUUCGCCCUUUGCUUCACCACCACCCCUACGCCCCGGCGAAAGUGGUUCGCUCCUCAGCUCGCACUCGGCCCCUCCCCCUGCUCAUCCCUUCCGCUCCGCGACUUUGGCACGUUCGCCGAAGGGACGUACUACCUGUCCGCGCACGCACGCUCGCCUCCAGCGCGCGACCUCGGAGGAGGGUGUGGUGGCAGGGAGCGGGGGGGGGGAGAAAAAGGAGGGGAAGGCGGAGCGGUCUGAGCCGGCCAUCCGUUACAGCGGCGGCUGUCGCUUUGGGGAGGGAGGGGGCGUGGGACGCACGCACGUACAGACCUCCCCCUCCCCUCUGCAGGUCCGGGGUGGGGCCGCCAGGGAGGCAGGCGGGCGGGCGGGGCCGGGCGAAGCGCGGCGAGGCACGGCUGAGGGGCGAUGCCGACUCAGCGCGAGAGCGGCAGCAACAGCAGCGGCGGCGGCACUAGCAUGUCGUACCCGGGCCCGGGAGGCAGCGGCGGCGGCGGGAUCGGUAGCUUCGGCGGCCCCGGAGGGGACAGCGCCCAUCAGGUCCGCGUCAAGGCUUAUUAUAAAGGGGACAUUAUGAUAACUUAUUUUGAGCCUUCUAUCUCCUUUGAGGGACUAUGUAAUGAAGUUCGAGACAUGUGCGCCUUCGAUAAUGAACAGUUAUUCACUAUGAAAUGGAUUGACGAAGAAGGAGAUCCAUGUACUGUUUCUUCCCAGCUGGAACUGGAAGAGGCUUUUCGUCUAUAUGAAUUAAAUAAGGAUUCUGAACUUCUAAUACAUGUGUUUCCUUGUGUACCAGAAAGGCCAGGAAUGCCAUGUCCAGGGGAAGAUAAAUCUAUUUAUCGAAGGGGUGCACGGAGAUGGAGAAAGCUCUAUUGUGCAAAUGGUCAUACGUUUCAAGCCAAGCGUUUUAACAGGAGAGCUCAUUGUGGCAUCUGUACUGACCGAAUAUGGGGAUUAGGGCGCCAGGGAUAUAAAUGCAUCAAUUGUAAAUUUCUAGUUCAUAAAAAAUGUCAUAAACUUGUCACCAGAGUAUGUGACCGUCAUGCUAUACCACCGGAGCUUAUGGAUCAUUCCUCAGUGCAUUCUGAUAAUAGCGAACCAGUGAUUCCAUAUCAUCCUUCAAGCCAUGAAAGUUUAGACCAUGUUGGUGAAGAAAAGGAGGCCAAGAGUAGAGAAAGCGGCAAAGUAUCUUCCAGUCUAGGUCUCCAAGAUUUCGAUUUACUUCGUGUUAUAGGGAGAGGAAGUUAUGCAAAAGUACUUUUAGUUCGGUUAAAGAAGACAGAGCGCAUUUAUGCCAUGAAAGUUGUGAAAAAAGAACUAGUUAAUGAUGAUGAGGAUAUUGACUGGGUUCAAACAGAAAAGCAUGUCUUUGAGCAAGCAUCAAAUCAUCCUUUCCUUGUUGGUCUUCACUCAUGUUUUCAGACAGAAAGCAGGCUAUUUUUCGUUAUCGAAUAUGUGAAUGGAGGGGAUCUCAUGUUUCACAUGCAGCGACAAAGGAAAUUGCCAGAAGAGCAUGCCAGGUUUUACUCCGCAGAAAUCAGUUUAGCUUUAAACUACCUUCAUGAACGAGGAAUAAUUUAUAGAGACUUGAAGCUGGACAAUGUUUUGCUGGAUUCUGAGGGACAUAUCAAGUUGACUGAUUAUGGCAUGUGCAAGGAAGGAUUAAGACCUGGCGACACCACCAGCACUUUCUGUGGCACUCCUAAUUAUAUUGCUCCCGAAAUUUUACGUGGAGAAGAUUAUGGAUUUAGUGUGGACUGGUGGGCUUUAGGUGUCCUGAUGUUUGAAAUGAUGGCGGGAAGAUCUCCGUUCGAUAUUGUUGGAAGUUCUGAUAAUCCUGAUCAAAAUACAGAAGAUUACCUCUUCCAAGUUAUUCUGGAGAAGCAAAUCCGUAUCCCACGGUCCCUGUCUGUGAAGGCAGCAAGUGUUCUAAAAAGCUUUUUGAACAAGGAUCCGAAAGAACGUUUAGGAUGCCACCCUCAAACAGGUUUUGCAGACAUUCAAGGACAUCCGUUUUUUCGUAAUGUUGAUUGGGAUAUGAUGGAACAAAAACAGGUUGUUCCUCCAUUUAAACCACAUAUUUCUGGAGAAUUUGGUCUGGAUAACUUUGAUUCUCAGUUUACCAAUGAACCUGUACAACUGACACCUGACGACGAUGAUAUUGUAAAGAAGAUUGAUCAGUCCGAGUUUGAAGGAUUUGAAUAUAUCAAUCCCCUCCUGAUGUCAGCCGAAGAAUGUGUCUGAUCUCCUACGCGCAGCCUGUGCCAUCUUUUUUAUAAAUGUUUUGCCUGCAUGGGUGAAAAAUGUUUCUGUUGGGAAGCAGUGGAUCCAAUGCGUUUGUCAUCUGGCAUGAACUUUAUCAUAACGCAUCAUUAACUUGCUAUGAGCAGAAUACUUUUUCAUUGAUAUAAAAGGAAACAAAAGAAUAGUAACAAUCACACCAAAAUUGGAGUCUAAGACACGGUAAUUGUUCUGGCCAGACGUUAUCUAAUAUGAAAUAAAAGAUUUUGCCAGAUGUUCUGCUUCACAUGUAAAGUUAGUUUGUGUUUUAUAGAUUUGCUGUUGUAUUAAGUGAUGUUUAGCAAAUUGUAUAUAAAGCGUGGUUUUUCUGACAACUCGGUUUAGAGAUAGUAAGACUGCACUGUUUUUUCCCUCCCUCCAUCUUUACUUAUUUUUACUGACUGCUUUGUCCAAAUUAAGCUACCAAAUUAAUUUUGAAAACACUUUUAAUUAAAAACAAAUUGCAAAAUAAGAAGUAUCCCCACACUGAAUGUACUAAAUGUUAUGUCCGCACAAGAUAGGAGCUUUUAUACAGAUAGUAUAAAAGGCUGCUCUCAUUUUGUAAACGUUCUGAACUUACUGUGAAUUGACUUCAUUAUUGAGACCCCAUUGAAUUCUUUGGGAUGUGCUUCUCUCUUUAAUGGUCCUAUAAUUACCCUCUUGCGGCAAUUGUGACUUUGAAACAUCAUAUGUAUACUUAUUAUCUGUAUCCCUUAAGAAUUAUGAAUGAAGCCUUCAUUCUGCAGACUAUGUGAAAGUGAUACAGCAUUUCCUGCGAUAGUGAUAGAACCAUGGAUAGUAGAUGCAAUGACAUUAACGGUUCUAUUUAUAAAAAAGAAUUUUCUUAUUAAUCACAUGUACUUCAUUGCUUUUAAUGUUUAGUGAAAUCCCUUGAUAACUUAUGCUAUAUAAAUGAGUGCCUUCCUCAGCUUUUUGAUUACUAUAUAGUAUAAAGCUAAUUUAAGCAAAAAAAUAAUAAUCAGUUGUUGGGUCUUUUUGAGGAGAAAUAAGUAGAUGAUGUUCCAAAAGUAGGUCUAAGGCGGCUAUCUCAUCAUAUUAAUGGGGACCGUAAUUUAUUUACACAAUGCUUUUAACAAGCUGGUGUACUAUGUAUAAAACAAAAAAAGAUGUUG